UGUGUUACACUCAAAAUAGUCCUACAUUGCUUCAUGACUUGCCAACCAAUGACAACACUUAAAUUAAAACCUUUCGAUAAAAUGAAUAUAUAAAACACGCACAUGUCUGUUAAUGGACGCACGCGGCGGCUGUGAAGCAGCACAGAUGUCGGAUACGGGAGCCGAGUGGCAGGUGGCCCAGCGGCGAAAAGGCGCAGCGCGGAAAUCCAAAUCCGUUCAAGUGUCGCACACAUGCAGCCAGGAGGAGCUGGACAUCGAGAAAACAGUCAGACGAAUACGAGACACGGUGUCUGAGCUGAGUUGCGAGGACUUUUGGCCACAGUGGAAAGUGGCAGGAUCAGCAGCCCGAUCCAAACAUCUGCAGAACGGGGACACCGAGGGCGGACCAUGUCAACAGCUGGAGUGCGUGUGUUAUGGCCUCGGCUCCUUCUCCUCCUCUGUGUCGGCUCGCUUCCAGCUUGCCAUGUUGCUGCUCCUGCUGGAUGCAGGACAGAUUCCACUGAAGGACUGCUCUGUUUAUGAUCCUGCAUUCUCCCGUGGAGAGAAGGCUGUUCUGAGGGAGCUCGGUCUGACGGUCCUCACAGAGAAUGAGGAGGGGAAGCGUCUGGCAACCAAGCCCACCCUCUUUUACCUGAUGCAUUGUGGGAAAGCCCUGUACAACAACCUUCUGUGGAGAAACUGGAGUGUGCGACAUCUUCCUCUUGUGACGCUCAUCGGAAACAGCUUCACUGGCAUGAUGGACAGAACAGUAGAGAGGGAGUUCACGCGGGACUACAGAUACAUUACCGAGGCGCUGUCUCUGUGUGAGGAGAGACAGCUCCCCUGUCCGUCCCGUCUGAUCGACGUCUUCAGCGACACUGCGGUCGUCACCUUUCCCAGCGGGGGCCUGGAAAGACUCCCACAAUCCACCUGGGCAGAGCUGCCUGAGCCACAGUACACGCACUGCUCUGAUUUAGAGAUAAUUCAGAGGGAAACGCAGAGCUGAUGCGGGAGAUGAAGAGGAAAUGGAUACUUUGUCACGUUUUCUGAUGUUUCUUUUUUUAUGAACAAUUCUCUCUAAAUAAAUGAGACAUGCUGCAAAAGGAGGAUAAAAGCU